AAUGUGACGGGGAUAACCUCAUAUGGUGUUUUACUCUGUAAUAUCGUAAUAUGUGUAAUAGAACAGAACAUGUUUGACGAGGAAGAUGCACUGAGCAAAACUGUAGCAGGGACUGAGACUCAUCCACCUUGGCUUCAACAACACUAAAAACCUCUCUGCGCGGGUCCCACCCUCUUUUCUUCUCUAAACUCAGCACUUUCCUUUGCUUUCUUUCCCGUUGUUUUCUUUCUCGUCGUAUUCUCCCCUUUCCGAAGAGAGAGAAAGAGGAAAAUUAAAGAAUUGGGUUUCUUCUCUUUCUUUGAUUUAGCGGAGAGUUCAUAGUUAAACCCUUCAAAGUUGAAAACUUUAGCUGAAACCCAGAUUAAUUAACGUGUGUGGGGCUUGGAAUAAAGAAAGGAAGAUCUUAAUUAAAAGGCCUUGAGUCUGCUUCUGUGGGCGAUCUGCAACAAUCUCUUGUAUUUGAUGUGUUGAUUUGUGCAGAUUUGGGUCAGGUUUGGUAUAGUCGGUGAAGCUUUCUGUUUUUAGCCCUUCUUUUGACUCGUGCUAUGAGAUUUUUGAGUGAAUGAAUAUAAGAAAAACUUUCUUGGAUGUUUUUGAAAAGUCAGUGACUGGGUGCCAUGGAAACUCAUCUUCUGUUGUUGUUGUUGCUUUGCUAUCUUAUUCUCUGUGCUUCUGCCACCGAUGUUGAAUUUGACAACUGCAACUGCGACGAUGAGGAAGGGAUUUGGAGCAUACACAGCAUACUUGUGGGCCAAAAAGUUAGUGAUUUUUUCAUUGCUGUUGCUUAUUUCUCCAUACCCAUUGAACUCCUUUACUUUGUUAGCCGUUCAAACGUUCCAUUCAAAUUGCUAUUUCUUCAAUUUAUUGCCUUCAUAGUGCUGUGUGGCUUGACCCAUUUGCUCAACGCAUAUUCCUAUCAUGGCCCACCCUCCUUCCAGUUGUUGCUUUCCCUUACCGUUGCUAAGUUCCUUACUGCCCUAGUUUCAUGUGCAACUGCUUUGACCCUUCCCCCUCUCAUCCCUCUUCUUCUCAAAAUCAAAGUCAGGGAGCUCUUCCUGAGGCAGAAUGUGAUGGAGUUGGGCCAGGAGGUUGGAAUGAUGAAGAAACAGAAGGAAGCAAGUUGGCAUGUUAGGAUGCUCACAAGGGAAAUUAGGAAAUCUCUUGAUAAGCACACCAUCUUGUACACCACCCUUGUUGAGCUUUCAAAGGCAUUGGAUUUGCAUAAUUGUGCAGUUUGGAUGCCAAUUGAGGAUAGGCCAGAAAUGCACUUAACCCAUGAAUUGAAAUCAAACUCUGCACAGAAUUUUCAGAAUUCCAUUUCUGUAAACGACCCGGAUGUAGUAGAGAUAAUAACAACUAAGGGGGUGAAGAUUUUGAGGCCUGAUUCUGCACUUGGUGCUGCAAGUAGUGGUGGCUCUGGGGAGUUGGGUGCUGUAGCAGCUAUUCGCAUGCCAUUACUUAAUGUAUCAAAUUUCAAAGGAGGGACACCAGAGUUGAUAGAGACAUGUUAUGCGGUAUUAGUUUUGGUUUUUCCAAGUUUAAGCUCUAGGGUUUGGACACACCAUGAGAUGGAGAUAGUUGGAGUAGUCGCUGAUCAGGUGGCUGUUGCCCUGUCUCAUGCAUCCGUUCUUGAAGAAUCUCAGCUAAUGAGACAGAAACUGGAAGAGCGAAACCGGGCGUUGCAACACGCUAAAAGGAAUGCGAUGAUGGCCAGCGAGGCGAGGAAGUCAUUUCAAAAAGUGAUGAGCCAUGGAAUGCGGAGGCCCAUGCAUUCUACUCUGGGGAUGCUUUCCUUGUUUCAAGAGGAUAAUAUGAGAUCUGAACAGAAGACUAUUGGUGACACAAUGUUGAAAGUUGGCUAUGUGCUCUCAAGUUUGAUUAAUGAUGUAAUGGAGAUUUCAGAAAAUGAAAAGGGGGGCUUCCGGUUAGAGAUGAAACCUUUCCUUCUGCAUUCAAUGAUGAGGGAAGCUGCUUGCAUUGCCAAGUGCUUGUGUGUGUAUGAAGGCUUUGGUUUUGAAAUUGAUGUCCAGAAGUCUUUGCCUGACCAUGUUAUAGGUGACGAGGCACGGACUUUUCAAGUAAUUUUACAUGUGAUUGGCUACUUAUUGAACGUGUAUGACAAAGGGAAUCUCAAUUUUCGAGUUUUUCUUGAAAGUGAUCGUGGAGAUAAGGAUGAUAGAAGUUUUGGAAUAUGGAGAUCAAGGAAUCAAAUUGAGUAUGUACAUAUAAAAUUUGAUUUUCAGAUUACUGGUAGUUCUGAGGCAGAUGAAUCUACUUCAACAAAACAUUAUACUAGUAGGAGGCAGUUCUACAACAAUGAACCUAAGGAGGGCCUGAGCUUCAGCAUGUGCAAAAAGUUAGUACAGAUGAUGCAAGGUAAUAUAUGGAUAUCACCAAACUCUCAGGGGUUGGUGCAAGGCAUGACACUUCUUCUCAAGUUUCAGAUGCGACCAUCACUUGAAAAUUCCAUGCUUGUACCUAAAAAUUCUUCAUACUCACAGUUCAGAGGCCUUCAGGUUGUGUUAACCGAGGAUGAUAGCGUAAACAGGACCGUGACCAAGAAGCUACUUGAGAAGCUUGGUUGUCAAGUAACUGCAGUUUCAUCAGGGUUUGAGUGCCUGAGUACUAUAAGUGGCUCUGGUAACUCCUUCAGAAUCAUCCUGUUGGAUGUUCACAUGCCAGAAAUUGAUGGUUUUGAAGUAGCAAAGAGAAUUCGGAAGUUCCAUAGCCGUAGUUGGCCCUUGAUCAUAGCUCUUAUAGCAAGUGGAGAAGAACAUAUGAAGGAGAAAUGCUUACUUGCAGGAAUGAAUGGAUUGAUCCAAAAACCUAUUGUACUUCAUCAGAUAGCAGAUGAAAUUAGAACAGUCCUGCAAAGAGCUGGUGAAAACCUGUGAGAACAGUUUUUAAAAACAUGCUUGGUUCAAGAAAAAUUGAGUUCAUUAAUAAUUACAAAAUUGUCACAAUGUUUUUGUUUUCUUUCUAAUUUUUAAGGUUUUGUAGGCUAUGUUUUUAUUACUUUAUGAACAAAUUCUUGAAAUUAAGAAACAAAAUAAAAACAACUUGUCUUUUUUAUAAUUAUUAAUGAAAAAUAGGAAACGUUUUCUC